GGUUCCAUGACUGAGUCGGACAUUUUUAACGAUGCACAACCAAUGUCAAACCCAGCCAACUUAUCGUUGAUAUAACUGAGCUCAAAUUGAGUUAUUUCAUUGCGGUGUUUCUUCUAUUUUAUCUACAAAGGGCAGUAUAACAAGAUCGCACUGUUAGAGUUGUGUGUCUUUUUGUUAUUGUUUGUUAACAUCGGACACUGAUAGGUGACUCGACGUGACAAAAUGCGCCUUACAUUGUCAAUGUUGAUCUCUCAUGGCCGGAUGGCCCGGAGGAUGGGUCUGGGCCCACAGUCUCGAAUCAACAUGCUACGAAACAUUUUGACAGGACUUGUUCGACAUGAGAGGAUAGAAACAACAUUAGCCAGAGCAGACGAAGUCCGCUUCUACGCCGAAAAGCUGGUUGACUAUGCCAAAAAAGGAGACACUGAUGAGAAGGCGAUGAAAAUGGCCAGUUUUUGGCUGACGGAAAAGGACCUGGUUCCAAAGCUCUUUAAGGUCCUCGCUCCACGGUUUGAGAGUCAGUCAAGUGGCUACACGCGGAUGGCACGCAUUCCUAACAGAGAGAAUCUAGAUAGAGCCAAGAUGGCCGUCCUGGAGUACAAAGGCAAUCCCUUUCCACCUCUUUAUCCUGCUAAAAAAGAGAACGAACUGACUCUCAUCAACCAGCUUCUCAAAGGCUACAGAGAAGAGAGAGCACAACGGUUAACUACAAAUGCAUGAUUGAUGCCAUGUUGUUGGAUUAAUGAUAGCUGGAAGGUGAUAAAAGGCUUCUAAUGCUGCAGAUAGGGGCUUAAAAAGAGAUGUUUCAGCUGAAGCAGAGGGCAGUUCUGUAAAACAACAUUGGACUGCUUGUGUAUUAAUAAAUGCUAUUUCUUUAAACU